AUGCACCCUGACCUUGUGCAGGGGGUUCGACCAAUAAAAGCUGUGGGUCAACUCUCAAACGUUAUCACCAUCGGGUCAACUUCGGUUGACUCAUUUGUUAGAAAGAGAAUGAAUUCCAAAGAAAAUACCGCCGGUGGCCCUUGCGCAGACAUGCAUCGCAGCACAAGCACGGUGAUCCGAAUUCCUUCCAUUAUACCCCCAAACUUCCUUCAGAAGUUAUGCGUGCACUAUCGAAAGGCCCGUUUACGUGCGCUGCAAACUGACCCAUCCGCGUUUUCUUCGACUUAUGAACGUGAGGUCCAAUUUCAGGAUAACGACUGGAUCAAAAGAUUGCUCAAUCCACUGGCUCAAAGUUUUGUGGCGUUAGUCAAGAGCGAUAAUCUUUCUCCCGCUGGGAACUCGAUAUGGGACGAAAGUGAUAAAAGUUCUAAAAGUGGUGUUGAUCAUGAUCAUCUACAAUUAUUGUCUGAAAAUGAAUGGGCUGGGAUGAUAGUGUUGAUGGGCCCCAAAGUGCUUGCUGUGGACGGCUCCGAGUCUGGAAACCCAUUGAACGCGUUUCAUUCCAUGGGAGCAGCUGAGGCGCCAGAUGCUGUUUCUUUUGCUGGGAGAGAGCUUGCGUACAUUGCGGCGUCGAUGUUCGUUUUGCCGGAGGCGCGCAGGCAAGGGAUCGGUCGCAGACUCAUCGCUGAAAGCUGGCAAGCUGUUAAGAAGGAUGCUAUGGCUCUCAGUGCCCUGAAACUAAACAUAUGCCUUUUAGUAGCUGGUGAAAAUGAACCCGCUAUCCAGCUAUAUCGCACCUGCGGGUUUGAUAUUUUACCAGGAAAUCUAGGAUUGGAAAAUAAAAGUACAACUGUAGCCAUGGUAAAGAUGACUGAACUAUAA